CGUAUUGCCUGUUCGAUUUUACCCAGCUUGGAUUAGCUAUUUCUUUUUUAUUAUUUUAUUAUUUUAUUAUUUUAUUUUGGGUCUUAAAUGGAGGAUGCGUUUCUUGACUAUUUUUAUUUUAUUUAUUUUCUGGUUCUCUUCUUCUUCCUAGUUUGGUUUUGUCCAAUGUGCAGAGGGGCUUGCCAUUACAACAUUGUUCAUUUCAGUAUCUUUCUCUGUCACUAUAGGCUCUAACAAAAUCCAUGUCUUCCCUAUUAUUCGCACCCCAAAUUCAGUUUCUCAAAGCCAAACCCACACCCAGGCUGAAACACAAAGUCAAAACCAGUCUUUCACUCUCCACAACCCCAACAAUACAAGCCAGUUUCUCUGACCCUUUCGUUCUCCAACUUGCAGAAACUCUUGAAGAUUCCCUCUCCCCUUCUCCUACUCCUCCUCUCCAGAAACUAAGGGACUCUUCCUCUGAAUCCCUUCUCUCCACUCCUUGGCCCUCUCGCAAAGAUGAAUCCUUUAGGUUUACGGACACUUCGUUUAUUAAGAAAUCUCAAAUUCAUCCAAUCUCUAAUCCACCACGAGAACAAGACUUACCAAACAUUUCUAAAGAAACCCAGUUGCCUAAUAUUGUAAUUGUUGACGGGUUUGUCUUAAAUUCCAUGUUGAAUUCGCCCAAUUUGCCUGAUGGGGUUUAUGUGGGUAGCUUGUUAAGUGACUCCAAUGAUAAAAUUGCCAAAAUUGUGUCCAAUUUUGUUGAUGAUUUUCAAUGUGGUGAUGUGUUUUGGUCUAUUAAUGGAUUAGGAGCACCUGAUUUGGCUGUGGUUUAUAUUCCUGCUGGGGUUAGAGUGGAAAGUCCAAUACAUUUGCGUUACGUUUCUCUCGAGGGAGGAGAAGAGGGGUCUAAUAAGUUGCCCGUUUCAAAUCCAAGAGUGCUUGUAGUGGUGGAGGAGGGCGGAGAGGUUGGGAUAAUUGAGGAGUUUGUUAGUGUAGGAAGUGAUGACAAAUGUUAUUGGGCAAAUUCAGUUUUGCAAGUCAUUAUUGAAGAAGGAUCAAAAGUUAAGCAUUCUUAUAUACAGAGUCAAUCCUUAAAUUCUGCCCAUAUCAAGUGGACUUAUGUUCAACAGAAAUCAAGUAGCACCUAUGAACUUGUUGAGGUAAGCACUGGCGGAAAAUUAAGUAGGCAUAACCUUCAUGUUCAGCAACUAGGCCCAGAUACAUCAACAGAGUUAUCAACAUUCCAUUUGUCUGUUGAUGGUCAAACACAAGAUCUACAUAGUAGGCUUGUCUUGGAUCAUCCAAGGGCUUAUUCUCGACAACUUCACAAGUGCAUAGUUGCUCAUUCACUAGGCCAAGCUGUCUUUGAUGGGAAUAUAAAGGUCAACAGAUAUGCACAACAAACUGAUGCUGGACAAUUAACGAGGAGCCUCCUUCUGGAACCACGAGCAACUGUAAAUGUCAAACCCAAUUUGCAAAUAAUAGCAGAUGAUGUCAAAUGCUCCCACGGAGCUGCAAUAAGCGAUCUAGAAGAAAGCCAGCUGUUCUACUUUCAGGCACGUGGUAUUGAUUUAGAGACGGCUAGAAAGGCUCUUGUAUUUUCCUUCGGGGCUGAAGUGAUUGAACGAUGCCCUUAUUCUUUUAUUAGACAGCAAGCUGAGAGACAUGUGAAAGAAUUGCUAACUUCCUCUGGUCAAGGAUCGUCAUAGAAAACUCGAUCGCGUUAUUAGCAUUGUUUGACAGGAGGAAAAUUUGUUAUCAGUCAUUUAAUUGAAGAAAAUUUUGUUUUUGUAUUAAUUAGAUGUUCUUGUUCUAUUCUACUUUUGAUUCAUGCUGGA